UGAUACUGAAAACCAAACCGAAGAUCAACAUCUUUCACUUUGCGUUCAUUAGAGAGAGUCUUCUUUUAUUAUAUACUAGGCGUUAUUUGACAAGGGGCGUUUAUUGGAUAAUUUACUACGUCAAAUGAUUAAACACCUGAGUGCAGAAGCAGUCAGAGCGUUGGACGGUGGCCCUGACGAUAUUAUUCCAGAACACCUGAACAUAUUUUACCAAACAUCAUGUGACGAGGGUGAUCCUAAAAACUAAUUAUCUGCCUGCCUCACGUUAUAUACUAAGGAAAGCAAUAGACAAGUUCGCGACGGAGAUCAUGCAAUGUCGUCUUUAUGUAUUACGGGUGGACAUUUUAUUGACGUUAUGUAAGGGAGUUGCAUGGCGUGUAGAAUGAAUAAGGCCAUGACUAUCUUAUGACAACUGUCGUCUUUCAUAUGACCAACUCACGAAAUGCCUACCGAGUUUUAUAGCUCCACUGCAUAAUUAUUUCUCUUUGUGUAAAGUCAUUGCUUACAGUGAUUUCAUCAUUGGUCUUCGUAAUACAUCAAGAACAAUCUUUAAAGUAAACUCAUUCAAUCAUUUCGACGGGAGGAAAAGAAUGGAAAAGCUUCGAAGAGCCUUUUUUCGAACAAAACACUUCACUCAGAGUGAAAUUGACAGUACAGCCUUAAAAAGAAAAUUGUCCACGUUGGAUCUUACUGCACUUGGUGUUGGCAAUGUGGUCGGGGCAGGUAUCUACGUCAUUGCAGGGAAAGUUGCUAGAGACCAAACUGGUCCAGCUAUUGUUAUUUCCUUUGCAAUUGGUGCUUUGGUGUGUUGUCUUUCAGGCCUUUGCUUUGCCGAGCUUGGUGCCCGUGUCCCUCGAGCAGGCUCAGCUUAUAUUUACAGUUACGUUGCCGUUGGUGAGCUUUGCGCGUUUAUGAUUGGUUGGAUGCUACUGGUUGCUUCUACCAUGGGAACAGCCGCUGUGGUUCGUGCAUGGAGCGAGAACGUCAACUCUCUUUGUAACGAUAGCAUCAAGGUUUUUUUCAUGAAUCACGUUGGUCAUUUAGAAGUUCCGUGGCUUUCAGAGUAUGUGGAUUUUUUAGCCUUUGGUUUUACACUGUUUCUUGUGUUGGUCACUAUUUGGGGCGUUUCUCAGUCAAAUGCGUUGAAUUGGUUUUUUACAAUUCUCAACAUCAGUGUGGUUGUGUUUGUUAUUAUCUCUGGAUUGACAUAUGCAGACACAAAGAAUUGGAAAAACUUUGCACCAUUUGGCUUAAACGGUAUUCUCUCCGGUGCGUCCACGUUGUUCUUCGCGUUCAGCGGUUUUGAGGUGAUUGCAACUUCUGGUGAGGAAGCCAAAAAUCCUCGCAAGGCAAUCCCAAGAUCAAUCAUAUCUGUCAGUGUCCUAGUUACUGUUCUAUACGAAUGCCUUGGGAUAAGUUUGACUUUGAUGAUUCACUACAGUGAAAUUCCAGAAACGUCAUCCCUUGCAACAUCGUUUGACAAGAAAGACUUCAGCACUGCAAAAUACAUCGUUGCUGCAGGUGCGCUUUGUGCUCUAACCACUGGCUCUUUGAAUGGCAUUUAUCAGCUCUCCCGAGUCUUGUAUGCAAUGGCACACGAUGGUCUUGUUUUUGGCUUCUUAGCAAAAAUUAACGAAAGAACUCGGACGCCUGCCAUUGGCUGUCUGUUGUUUGGAUCAAUUAUUGCUCUACUUUCUCUUCUUUUUGAAAUCAAAGCGCUAGCAGACGUGUUGUCCAUUUCCUCGUUAUGUUCAUACACUGCUGUAUGCGUUAUUGCUGUUCUGUUGAGGUAUAAACCCGGUACAAUUAUACAGGAAACAUCUGACAUAACUGAAGAGAAGGAAGUUGACGAAAGAUUUUCGUCGUAUUCUAACGAAACUCCAUCGACGCAUCAAUCAGUUAAUAAUGAAAUCAAAUUCAAAGAUGCUAUUGAAAUGGCACCUCUUUUGCCUCGAAAAGUCCCCAUCUUAAAAAGAAUGGCAAAACGAGUUUUGGGAUCAAAGCUGGAUGCGCCGAAUGAGGACAGUUAUCUUGUCGUCAAAACGUCUUUGACGGUAUUUUUUCUCAGCCUACUCGCUUUAGAAUCUUGUUUGUUUCAUGAAUUUCACCGAAUCACGUCCAAACAGCCUUCCAUAUUGUUGUGCACAAGCUUGUUUUUUUUCUUGGCUGUGGCAGCUGUUGUAAUUUUAAUGAGGCAGCCUCAAUCACAAGUGAAACUGGACUUCAAAAUGCCAUUCAUGCCACUUCUACCUGUAGCUGCCAUCUCCUUCAAUGUGGCACUAAUCUUGCAUUUUUCAGCUAUUUCAUGGGGAUACUUUGGAAUCUUUUUAGCAUUGGGCUUGAUUAUAUAUCUGACGUAUGGUGUACGACACAGUAAAGAAAAUAAAGACAAUAUCGACGUAGAAGUAGAAAAGCAUCUUGAAAAAUACGAAGAGUUGAGCAACGUACAAUCACCAGAAGAUUUAUAAGGAGUCGUAUUUUAUUAAAUUCUUGGUUGGAGUGCUUAGGUCUAUCUAUUAAAAGGCUUUUAGCAGUUUAACAUCAUAUUUUCAUUAAAAGGUUCUGAAAUGAA